CCCUGCUCAUUGCUUCCGAGAGCAAGCAAAGCAAGAGAGCUGUGAGCUUCUUCUUCCUCCUCCUGCUCCUCCUCUUCCCAGUAGGAACUCACGUGUGCUCACGCACGCACGUAGCUCGGUCGCCGGAAAUGUCGACCAACUCGAGAUCCAACUCCAGGGCCAACUUCAACAACGAGAUCCAUGACAUCUCCACGGUGCAGAACUCCACCAUGCCCCCCAUGUACUACAGCGACCGGUCGCUGGCGGAUUUCUUCCCUCCCCACCUCCUCAAGAAGGUCGUCUCGGAGGUGGUGUCCACGUUCCUGCUGGUGUUCGUGACGUGCGGGGCGGCGGCGAUCAGCGCCAGUGACCUGAACCGCAUAUCGCAGCUGGGGCAGUCGGUCGCCGGCGGGCUCAUCGUCACGGUGAUGAUCUACGCCGUCGGCCACAUCUCCGGCGCGCACAUGAACCCCGCCGUCACGCUCGCGUUCGCCGUGUUCCGCCAUUUCCCAUGGAUUCAGGUCCCGUUCUACUGGGCGGCGCAGUUCACCGGCGCCAUCUGCGCGUCGUUCGUGCUCAAGGCGGUGCUGCACCCCAUCACGGUGAUCGGCACCACCACGCCGACGGGGCCGCACUGGCACGCGCUCGUCAUCGAGGUCAUCGUGACCUUCAACAUGAUGUUCGUCACCCUCGCCGUCGCCACGGACACGAGAGCGGUGGGUGAGUUGGCCGGGUUGGCGGUUGGUUCCGCGGUUUGCAUUACGUCCAUCUUCGCAGGGGCGGUGUCGGGCGGAUCGAUGAACCCGGCGAGGACGCUGGGGCCGGCGCUGGCGAGCAACCUCUACACCGGGCUGUGGAUCUACUUCCUGGGCCCCGUCCUCGGCACGCUCUCCGGGGCCUGGACCUACACCUACAUCCGCUUCGAGGAAGCGCCCAGCAACAAGGACGCGCCGCAGAAGCUCUCCUCCUUCAAGCUCCGCCGCCUGCAGAGCCAGUCCGUCGCGGCGGACGACGACGAGCUCGACCACAUCCAGGUCUGAUCGGUGCAGCUAGGAUAUGCGUGUCCGGAGGAGCAUAUCGAGAUAGUACACACGCAAGUAAUCACUUACUCUCACUCCUCGGUCACUCUACCUGUGCUGUAUCGUCAGUACUAAGAUAGUAGCUUAAUGUCUCUGUGUGUGUCGUCGUCGCCUCUCUUGUACCGAUUGAUCGAUACGCACUGGCACGUGUCUGGUGAUGGUGUGUGGCACGGUAGAUUAUGGCUCGCUCUGUUAAUGUGCCAGAGAGCUGGAGCUUAAUUUUGGGACGAACACUGUGUGCGUGCCAAUGCAAAGUGUAUCUCUCCUGAUGUCGCUUGUUCCAAAAGUUGGUGGUGCCUACUGCUAUAUAAACAGUGUCUUCUGCCCGAUCUUC